AUCUUUUUUUCAACGUGUUUAUGAUUUCUUCAUCAGUUUCGUUCGCCGAUUAUUUAAUAAAAUUAUGUCCGAAAUAGAAUUUAUAGUUCGUGAUGCUCGACCAUCGGAUUGUCAUUCGAUUCAUUCAUUAAUUUGCGAAUUGGCCGAAUAUGAAAAAAUGCCUGAUCAGGUAGAAAUAACGGCUGAACGUUUAAAAGAGGAUGGAUUUGGUCAUGAUCAUGAACCUCGUUUUCAUUGUUUAGUUGUAGAAAAUUUGUCAAUAAAAACUGUAGUCGGCUUUUUACUUUAUGUACAAAAAUAUUCCACAUGGAAAGGAGCAUUUUUAUGGAUGGAAGAUCUUUACAUUCAACCAAAAUAUCGUCGUUUGGGCCUUGGACGAUCAUUAGUUUGUACAUUAAUACGUAAAGCAUAUCAUCAACAGAUGCCAAGAAUAGAAUGGAAUGUACUCGGUUGGAAUCAAUUAGCGAGAGAAUUUUAUCAUGAAAAACUCGGAGCAAUCGAUCUUACACAUGAUGAUGAUUGGCUUACAUAUCGUUUGCAUAAAAAUCGUUUCGAACAUCUUUUACAGCUAAAUCCUUCGAAUGUUCGAAUCGAUGUUUACGAAAAAUCAACUAAAUAAUUCAUUCAUUUAGAUUUAAUUGAAUAAUUUUUAUCAACAAAAUAAAUUUUAUUUUUUGAUGAUAAACAGUAAAAAAUUGGUAAAACAGAUCAGGUAUUACACAUUUACCUGUGAACGCGACAAGGUUGCAAAUGUGUAUGUGUAUUAAUUCUGAUUAGUAUGAAUGAUUGAUUAAUCGAUCGAUAAUGAACAUUGAUAAUUUUUUUUCUGCAUCUUCAUUCAA